CGCCUUCAUGCUUUGGACCAGUUCUCCUUGACCAAGUCGGCGGCUUUUUCCCCGAUACCGUACGCCGGCAUCUGCGUAUGACCUCCAUUCAGCGAUGGCAUGAUGCUGCAGUCGGCGACCCUCAAACCUUUGACGCCACGAACCUUGAGCUUCUCGUCGAGGACGGCCAUCUUGUCGUUCGUCGGCCCCAUCUUGCACGUCCCGGCGGCGUGAUAGCAAGUGGUUCCUUGUUCCUUCACAUAGGGAACCCACUGUUCUCGUGUGGUGUAGGCGUGAUGUGUCAAGUCUGAUAAAGUUUGGCUGGACUCACUCGAUGGCCAAGAUCCCUUGACGAUGUCUUUUGUUCCAGCACCGUUCAUUACAAUCUCGUUCCCCAGUCGGCAACCCUCGGAGAUGACCAACACAUCAAGAGGAUCAGACAGGUAGUUACAAUCGACUAUGGGAUUUUCCAAUGGGUCGGUGGAUUUCAAAGUGACGGUCCCUUUUGAACGAGGUGAGAAAAGCUCGGUGAUCAUUGCAAAGGCAUGUUUCUUGUCUAGUAGAAAUCCAAGAGUGGUCAGCGAUGCCCGGGCCGGCAAGGUUCUGUUCGUAUCGUCGUCGAACGAGACACACAAUACUCACCGAUUGGAUAUUGAUCAUAAUGCUUUGGACCACCAUACAGCUGUUACAGUGUUAGCAAAACACCUCACUUGCUUAAACACGGGUUGAAAAAAAGGUACCUCUGUGGUGAAGAAUUCGACAUUGGGUUGUUUGGAAGUCAAACCCAUCGGAUCACGGCCGGCUUCUCUCUUUGCUUCCUUCCACAAUGGUUCAUCCUUCAAUCGAUCGUCGAGCCUCGCAUAGCCGAAGGCACCAAAGGGAAAGGUGGAGAGGACGCCUUCUUUCUUCUCCUUGUACAACAUGUACGAUGCCAUUGCUGCAUCUCCGUGGUAUCUGUGGUUGAUACGUCAGCAUUUCUCGGAUAACAACAGACUUCUUUUCUUACACUAGGUGGUCGUUGGUCAACCCUUCCUUUUCCGUCUCAUAAAAUGCAAAAACGAUCUGGGACGAGAAGAUGAAUCAGCAUUGCGGACCAAGUUCACGAAUCUCACUUUCUUCCUCUUUCCCUGGGAUUAACUGACCAGAUGAUCAAGUAGAUUCUUGCCUACGCCAGGAGAAUCAACCAGACACUUUAUGCCCAGUUGUUCCAGUUCUGCUUUUGGUCCGAUUCCUGAUCGAAGAAGGAUCGCCGGCGAGCAAUAUGCACCUUUUGGAGAACGUCAUUAGCAGAUCCAGAUGGUCGGUCACGAAUUCUCGGCUCCUGCCUUACCUCCAGACACGAUGAUCUCCUUCCUGGCCUUCACCUCUCUCUUUGUCCCGGCCUUGUCCACAAGAACGACGCUCGAAGCUUGUAAUUGGCCAUCCUUUUCUUGGAAAUUGAUCUUCUCAACCAGAGUUUCCACUACAAUGUCAAUGUUGUUUUUGUGUUGGUCGUUGGUGACAAAGUCGGCACCGGUCGUCCUGAUGCCCCGAUGAACUAUAUGUCGAGGUUCGCAAUCUCAGUGUCUUUCUUUUGUUUAGGGCCUACGCCGGGGGAGGAGAAAAAGGUGGCAUCAUACCUGUUCGAGGUGCGUGACCACAACCGUGAGGAGUCUCGCCGGUGCUGAACAUAUCAGGCACAAGAGGUAGCCCCAUGGAUUCCAUGGACUUCAGCAACAACUGUGAGAUUGGUGCUAGGUCAUGCGGUUCCGUGUGCAAUGGACCGUUGUAUCCGUGUGCAUCCUCUUCUGCCUUGAACCAUGGUUUGUUAUGAAAGGUCUCGGCCUGGUCGUUGACAUUUCUUGUUAGUGUGCUCGUCUGCAUCCCAUUUUGUUGUUUUUGUAUGGCACGGUGAGAGACUCACCUUCUUCAUAUAUUCAAACAUUUCUUCUCCAGACCAUCCUGGAAGACUGGGAAAAAAAAGAAAAUUCAGCAAAUGUCCCCGGCCUACCAACCCCCAAGCAAGGCAUAUGCUCUCAUACAACACUUACUUCCAGUCGUCAUAGUCUUGCUUGCAUCCGCGAAUGCACAAGGUACCAUUGACACCCGACGAGCCACCGAGGAAUUUCCCACGGCUCAACUUGACCUGCCUCCCGUCGACGCCGGGCAUGGCUGGAGUGAUCAGAUUCCAAUCCGUCUCACUGUCGAAAUUCUUGGACCAUCCUCCAGUCAUGUGGACAUUUUCGAGAUCCUUGUUGUGAGGGCCGGCCUCCACCAAAAGGACACUGGCAUUGGUUUCUUCUGCGAGACGACCUGCAACAACACAGCCUGAUGUACCUGCCCCGCUGAAUGGAAAUUGUCAGGGUACAAAGGUUUUCAGACAGAUGUUGUCCAAAAGUGGGCUUACCAUAUGAUGAAAUCAUAUUCAUCUUUCUCUGUCAAGCGUCCUGGAGACAUGCUUUCUUGUUGGCUUUGCCUUUUGAGAUUCUUUCUACUGGGACCAAAAAAAGAAGAAUGAAGUAAAGUUUUGGGUAUAAUUUAUUUCAUUUUUGAUUUCAGAAUUACUCUACAGUGGCUAUCCUCGGAAAUAGUCUCGAUCCCAUGACAAGGAGGAAUUAUUCCACGCGUUGCUGAGUCGGAGUCAAAAUACGACCCGAAAGGCCCUGCGGAGCUACUCACUGUACGGAGCCAGUGCCUGGAAUCAGCAGGGGGCGGGCAUUUGAGAAAGGAUCUCAUGUGGGGGAGUGGUGAGUGAGAUGAUGGCAUCUGUGUCGAGUCGAGUAAGGGCAAGUCCAAAGAAACCCCGGAUUGGAUCAGCGCCCCCUUGAACGCCCAAGAAAGCUGGGGUUGCCGCCAGCCUCAGCUAAUCGAAGGCAAUCUUAUUGGUCGCACUUUGGUGAAAGGAGCUGGGUGUUCGAUGAACCGCGGAAUUAUUCC